AUUGGAUCUGCUCAGUAUCCAGCGAACAUCAUGCAAAUAUUUUGCCCCCUUUGUUGCAUUGUUGUUUCCCCAACACUGAGCCAAAGCAAGAUUGUUCUGGUAGGCAGAGGGAGCUGGUUUUGCAGGAUUUGGCAACUUUAUCAGCAGAAAGGGAGUGGUUGUGUCAGCUGAGUUCUGAGAAGUGAAAGAAGAACAUACAGAGAGACGCGUGCUACACUGGGAACUCCGUCUGUGGAGAAUGACAGCAGGUUUGGACAUACUGGCCAUUCGGUUUUCCUUAGAUGGGGAAUACAUUAAUUGUACAUGGUUUUAUAUUAAUAAUGUACUUUUUUGUCAUACUAUUUGUCUGGUAAAUAUUUAUAAAGAUCCAAAUGUUAAAGAUCAAAGACUCACAAGGCUCAAGACUUCAACGCAUGUAGAUCAACUCAAUGCAUAACAGGGGAAAAUACAACAGCUCCUUUGUGUGUGAGAUACUCUGCAAACACCCCUGAGCAAAACCAAAUAUGGAAUCAAUGAAGAACAGCACUGAUGCAGCAUGAGGAGAUAGCUAAUCCCACAAACAGCAAAGACAUUUCAUGAUAAUUCCAGCCAAAGAGAAAAAAGAAAUGCCGGAACCAAACUCAAAGUUUACUCUACUACGAUACAUACUUGCGACUGUUGGGAUUAUCCUUUACAUAGUGGACACUGGCACGGACAUAUGGGUUGCAGUGCAAUAUUAUGCAGAUAAAUGCUAUGGUUGGUUUGCACUGACCAUUUUCUUUGUGCUGGCGGGAUCAUUAGUUCCUCAGAUCUUCAGCUAUGCCUGGUUCAGAGAUGACGGAAAAAUUGAUAAAAGAAAAAGGACCCAGCUUAUAUUUAUACACAUCCUACAGUUAGGAGUAUUUACAAGGUAUUUCCAGCUUCUGAAGAAGGGUGUCGGUGUAAUCCAGAGCAGUGAGAUGACAUGCCACCAUGAGAUGUUUGGCAUGGCUGCCGAUCUGACCAUGCUCAGAUUGAUAGAGACCUUUGUGGAGAGCGCACCCCAGCUCCUCCUCCAGAUCUACAUCAUCUUGGGUCCCGACCAAGAUCACAUCAUGCAGUAUCUUUCCGUUGCUGCAUCUUUCUUCAGCAUUGCCUGGGCAACUGUUGAGUAUCGCCGUUCUUUUCGUAGAUCCGUACCACACGUAAAAGAGAUGCCCUCUGGUCUGCCGACUGCUGUAUACUUGUCCUACAAGCUCUUCACUAUAGCUUCACACAUCUUAAGCCUAAGUCUCCUGGUUAUGCUGGACCGGUACUGCACCUCAGUUUUUGCGAUUCUCUGGCUGUGUGGCACAAUAUGGGCAUACAAAUGCGAAACGGAUUUCUGUACAUCGAGAAGUUUGGAAUGGUUUUACCGGGGAAUCGUCGGAGUUAUACUCAUUUUCACUUUUUUCAAUGUUAAAGGCAAAAACACAGCAGUAGUAAUGACUGUUUACUAUGGACUGUAUACGUGCCAAAGCUUGGCAGUUCUCUUGUUAUUUUAUUUCUUAAAAUCACUUCCUGCAGCUUUGUUGCCAGUGGCUUUAGUAAUAACAGGGAGCAAAUUAGCAGGACUAAUCUGCCUUUGUUUGUACUACGCAUUUUUACAUCCAAAGAGCAAUGAACAAGUAUUUGAAAUGCAGGAUGAGGUGGAUGGGCUGAUGGCACAGCGUUGUGAACCAGACAGUCCCAUGACAAGUAGUGAGAGGCGCAGGAAAGCCUUUUUACAGUACUGAUAUAUUCAGACUUAUAAACAGACAAAGGGAAGAGGAAUACAGUGGUUGUUUAAGCAGUCUUGUUCUGCUAAACGGAUUCAGUAGAUCAUAUGCAAUGAUUCAAGAAAGCAUGACGUUAAGACAAAUAUGGUAUACAGUUACUAAACUAUAUACAAAAUACCAGAAAUAUCACAUUAUCACAUUCAUUUAUUCAUUUGCCUUGUGGUCUCUUUAUUAUGAGCUCUUAGAAAGAUUUUGCACUUAACCACUAGGUAGAGCUAUCAUUACAUUAUUCACGUGGAUGGCUAGUUCAUAUCUCACUUAUGCAGCUACAGCAUUGCAUUACAUUACAUUACAUGUCAUUUAGCAGACGCUUUUAUCCGAAGCGAAGUACAAAACUGUAUAUCAAGGUCAUAUAACAACAUGCCAGAUAAGGUACAAUUCAUAUAAUAUUGGUUGUUAGGCAAUUAAUGUAUGUCUAGUACACAAGAUACAUAGGCCAAGUCUAUAACUACCAUGCCAAAACAACUACAAUUUGAGAAAUUACAGUAAUGAAAAAUACAAAUUCAAAAAGUCAUAGGUUACGGUAAAAAAUAAAAAGGAUAUAGGGGUAAAGAUAGACAGGUGAGAAAUAAGUGACUAUAGGUUAGGGGACUGCUGCAAAGGAGUUAAGGUACAGGGUGAAGAGAUGAAUCUUUAGACUGUGGCGGAAAAUGUGCAGUGAGUGAGCAGUUCUUAUGGGAAUGGGGAGGUCGUUCCAUCACUGGGGAGCUAGGGUGGAGAAGCCCCGCAGUCUGGACAAGUGAGAACCAGGCUGGCAGGAUGAGCAAGCCAAGCUGGCCUGUGGCAGCAGAGCGGAGUGGCCGAGCUGGUGCAUAUGGCUGAAUUAUGGUGAGGACUUUUAACCAAGGAGGUCCAGGGGUAUGCUCCCCAAUAAAUGUGUUUUUGGUCUAAUCACUGUAAAAUGGUUAAUUCUGUGAGAGGAUGGGAACUACCCAUUAGUUAUGAAAUACAAAAUAGUACAGUAUCUGAAACCUCAAGGUACUGAAAAGUCAAAUGAAAUGCAAUUAGGCUUACUCACUGGGCAGUGUCACAAUAUAAUAAAGUUACAUAUUGCAUUACAAAUAAGGUCCAACAUUUUUUAACAGAGCUUAAUGCUACAGAUUGUAUGUACAGUGCAGUACAUAUUUGGCCCGUGACACAAUCUUUGUAGUUUUAUUUAUUUUUAUUUUGGCUCUGUACUCCGGUACAUUGGAUUUUAAAUGACAAGUCUGUACAUACUGUCUGCUUUAAUGUGAGGGUAUUGACAUGCACAUCGUGCGAACCAUUUCACUUUGCGGAUAUUUUAAUUUGUCACUAGUGAUUUGUGAAUGUUUCUCAUUUUAUGUAUUUUCUUUUCACUAUCCAGAUUUUUGUUUUGUGUACUGUAUGUAUUGUGUAGUCAAUGUUUCCGGUUUUCUUUGGUCUUUUUUCAUUUGGUCUUGUUGUGUUUAUUUUUAUUUUGAAAUGUGAAGCACUUCACGUUGCAAAUUAUACAAAAGGUGUUGUACAGAUGUAUUAUAUUUUCAGUGUUGCCAAGAGCAUAUAAAAUGUGUGAGGAAGCGGAGCCCUACCUUGUCUGUCUCAAGGCGCACUCCUAUUAAUUGUUAGGGAUAAUUCCCUUAAGACCAAAUUGUUAUCUCAUACAAUAAUUGAGUGCCUAAAACUAGGAUUUUGUUAUCGGUCUCUACAAACAUGUUCCCUUCUAAAUGCUCUUCUUGGCUCGCUGAUAGAAAAUAACCUUUAUUGAAUGCUGACUUUGCUGUUCUUGCCCCUAAUCUGUGUAAUAGUCUCCCUCUUACCAUAAAACUGUUUGACUCCAUUGGCACUUUUAAGAAACUUUCAAAAACACAUGUUUACUUCCUUGCUCUCCCUGACUAUUCUUUGUUAUUCCGUGCAAUUUAUUUCUGUUGAUGUAUUAUAUUUUAUUUUAUUUUAUUGUGAAGAACUUUGGAACCAUUGGUUUAGA